GCCCACCCGUGGAACGAGCGUUGUACUUUCUUCUGUACAUUGUAGCCCUACCGCAGUAUAAUAUUAUAUCGAAAUUAACGCACUCAAACAUGGCUAAUUCAGCUUACACACACACAACUUCUCCUAAGCCCUUGUUGUCAAAGAUGAAAAAAACGACGUACAGAGCAGAGGACGAAGAAAACAUAAUAACAAACAACAUAAUGUUUGAUCGACGUGUUGUACGCGGCAAUACGUACGCCGCCCAGGUUGUAACUCACAACACGCAGCGGGAAGUUGAGCGUAUGAGAUAUGAAAGCGAGCGGACGCUACGGAGGGACGCAACAUGCCAACGCAAGGAGCGGCUAGCUAAGCCAAGCACCCCUCCGCCCGCAGAAGGGAGAGCUCACAUCAAAGCUCAAACAGACACUUUCCUCGAAGAACUGUCUGAUCGCCCGGUGGAGAGUGAGGCUGUGACGCAAACUGAGGCUAUUUUGGACCGACCUCCAUCGCCUUUGUUCAUCCCAUCAAAGACUGGAGUUGACAAAGAAACGGAUAUACCUGGCGGUGACCUUUUUGAUUUUGACAUUGAGGUAAAGCCAAUACUCGAGGUAUUAGUUGGUAAGACCCUGCGCGUUUCAAUGAUGGAGGUAAUGGAAGAGGCCGAGCUUGAUGCUAUUCAGCGCCGCCAGAUGGAAUUUGAACAAAUGCGGAAUGCUGAGCUUGUUGAGGUCCAGCGCCUUGAUGCAGAAGCCUCGAGGCGUUUCGCAGAAAAGCAGCGGCGUUUCACUCAGGAGACGGACCGGCUUCGUCAGCAGGCAGAGCUUGGGCAAAAGGUUGCAGCCCGUGCAUUUGCCAGGAGCUAUCUUGCGAAUCUUUCCGAGCUUGCCUUCGACCAGCUUGAAGACUCAGGCCACUUUGUUGAUCCUGUUGAGAAGGAGAUUCAGGAUAGCUUCAUCCCAUGGUUAUUCGAUAGUGUAGUUGAGACCACCAAUAAUCAUAUCAGCUCAAGUAGCUGCGUUGAUGCUCUCAUUGUCGACGCAAUUGAACUAGCCAGCAACCUACAGAGCGAUGUCAUUAAGCAAAUAAAACAAAAAGAACGUGCUCGGGUCUUUGCCGUCGAGGAUGCACAAGAAAUAAAAGAGGCUGAGGGGACGGCAAAAUGAUGCCCUUUGCACGCAGCCCUAACCAUACAGUAGCUGGAAACAGCGACGUGGUAUAGUAGCUCGCUGGUGGUCUGUGACUUUACUGGAAGUACACUGGCAAUAAAAGAGGGCAAUGAAUAUGACCUAGAAUUGGAAUCAUCGGCAACUUGCCUCCAAUUUGUCCCCAAGAGAGCAUCGGGCGAACAACCCGGUCAGGUUUAAUACCCUCAGGCUAAUAAACUCGAUACUAGAUGGUGUUGCCAAAAAAUACUAGUACAUUGCGCGACUCAAUUGCGGCACGAAACGCCACCGCGACUUACGCGUUCACCGGCCACCACUAAAUGACUCAAUAAAAGACGAAAUCGAGAUGAGAGGACACAUCACAAAACGAGGUCCCCAGGGUCCCAAGGGCUACCUAGGCGAGCUCGAGAGAGACAGGGACUGCGUGUUGCCCCAGAGCGUAAUCGCUCUUAAGAACACUCAUCCCCCUGACUGAACUUGAAUGCUUCCAAUAAACGACAGUUAUUAGUAGUAUGUCAGUUACGAUGUCCACACACGGACUAAUUUGAGAUUCGAGUUCCCAGCCACUGGCACUUGUGUUCCGG